GAAGUCGGCAAGAGAGUAAGGUCGGUUUAGAAUGGGAGGCUAAUAUUUAGGGUUUAGCUGCGAUUUGACACCAGAAAAACCUCACUCUCGCAAAGGAAGAACCACAGGUCACAAAUCAACUGGUUUUUUUCGAGAUCUAAAGAAUGUCGCAGCAGAACUUGGGCGGUGGUGCGGAGGCGCACGCCCGGUUCAAGCAGUACGAGUACAGGGCCAACUCGAGCCUGGUCCUCACCACAGACUCUCGGCCACGUGACACGCACGAGCCCACCGGCGAGCCGGAGUCGCUCUGGGGAAAGAUUGAACCCAAUACCUUCGGCGACAGGGCCUACAGGGGCAGGCCGCAGGAGUUGGAUGAUAAGCUGAAGAAGUCCAAGAAGAAGAAGGAGCGCGAUCCCAAUGCGGAGCCUGCUCCUCUUCGGCAGAGCAAGAGGCGCCGGCUCCAUGAGGAGAGCGUGCUCACUGCCACGGAGGAAGGUGUUUAUCAACCUAAGACGAAGGAGACGCGGGCGGCGUAUGAGGCUAUGCUUAGUGUCAUUCAGCAGCAGUUGGGCGGGCAGCCAUUGAAUAUAGUGAGUGGUGCGGCGGAUGAGAUUUUGGCUGUGCUUAAGAAUGAGACUUUGAAGAACCCUGAGAAGAAAAAGGAGAUUGAGAAGUUGCUGAAUCCUAUACCCACAACGGUGUUUGAUAAUUUGGUUCAGAUUGGUAGGUUGAUCACUGACUACCAAGACGGGGGCGAUGCUGGUGGGUCGGCUGUGGCUAAUGGUGAUGAAGCUCUUGAUGAUGAUGUGGGUGUCGCAGUUGAGUUUGAAGAGAAUGAGGAAGACGAUGAGGAGAGCGAUCUUGAUAUAGUCCAAGAGGACGAGGAAGAGGACGAUGAUGAUGAUAUGGCUGAACGACAUGAGUCUGGGGCUAUGCAAAUGGGAGGUGGCAUUGAUGAUGAUGAAAUGCAGGAAGCCAAUGAGGGUCUGAGCCUUAAUGUUCAGGACAUCGAUGCUUACUGGCUUCAGAGGAAGAUAUCUGAAGCUUAUGAGAAGCAAAUUGAUCCUCAACAAUGCCAGAAGCUUGCUGAAGAGGUGCUAAAGAUCCUUCCUGAAGGUGAUGACAGGGAUGUCGAAUCCAAGCUAUUGUUGCAUCUCCAGUUUGACAAGUUCAGUCUUAUCAAGUUUCUGUUGCGAAACCGGCUGAAGAUUUUCUGGUGCACCCGUUUGGCGAGGGCUGAAGAUCAAGAUGAGAGGAAGAACAUCGAGGAGGAAAUGUUGCGUCUGGGUCGUAAAGAUUUGGAUGCAAUUGUGGACCAGUUACACGCCACAAGGGCUAGUGCAAAGGAGAGGCAAAAGAACUUGGAGAAGAGUAUUAGAGAGGAGGCUCGCAGGUUGAAGGAUGAGAGUGGUGGUGAUGGGGACAGGUCUAGGAGGGGGCUUGUGGAUAGAGAUGCUGAUAGUGGUUGGUUGAAGAGCCAGGCUCAGCUGCUUGAUCUUGAUAGCCUCGCACAAGAGCAAAGUAGAAUAUUGGUGGCAAAGAAGUGUGUUCUUCCGGAUGGGUCUUAUAGACAUCCCAGCAAAGGAUAUGAAGAAAUCCAUGUGCCCGCUUUGAAGCCUAAACCAUUUGAUGCUGAUGAGAGACUUGUAAAAAUAUCUGCCAUGCCAGAAUGGGCUCGACCAGCUUUCAAAGGAAUGAAUCAGUUGAACAGGGUGCAAAGUAAAGUCUACAAUACUGCUCUUUUUGAAGCCGAAAAUAUCCUCUUAUGUGCACCUACUGGGGCAGGGAAAACUAAUGUUGCAGUUCUAACCAUCCUUCAGCAGUUCGCGCUGCACAUGAACAAAGAGGAUGGUUCAAUAAACCACAAUGCUUAUAAGAUUGUGUACGUCGCCCCUAUGAAGGCUCUUGUUGCUGAAGUCGUUGGUAAUUUGUCUAAUCGUUUGCAGGAUUAUGGUGUCACUGUGAGGGAACUAAGUGGUGAUCAGUCAAUGACUCGCCAACAAAUUGAAGAGACUCAGAUUAUUGUCACAACACCUGAGAAGUGGGAUAUCAUCACCAGAAAGUCAGGAGAUCGUACUUAUACCCAACUUGUCACACUUCUCAUAAUUGAUGAGAUUCACCUUCUUCAUGAUAAUAGAGGCCCUGUUCUUGAAAGCAUUGUUGCUAGAACUGUUAGGCAGAUAGAGGCUACGAAACAACAUAUCCGGUUGGUGGGUUUAUCUGCUACCCUACCUAACUUUGAGGAUGUGGCACUCUUCUUGCGUGUUGAUAAGGGUAAGGGUCUGUUUCAUUUUGAUAAUAGUUACAGACCUGUCCCUCUUUCUCAACAGUAUAUUGGAAUCAUGGUAAGGAAGCCAUUGCAGAGGUUUCAGUUGAUGAAUGAUCUCUGCUAUGAAAAGGUGAUGGCUGGGGCUGGAAAAAAUCAAGUUCUUAUUUUUGUCCACUCAAGGAAAGAAACAGCCAAAACAGCUCGUGCUAUACGAGAUACAGCACUUGCUAAUGAUACCCUCGGUAGAUUUCUGAAAGAAGACAGUGCAAGCAGGGAAAUUCUUCAUACUCAUACUGAAUUGGUCAAGAGCAAUGAUCUCAAAGACCUUCUACCAUAUGGUUUUGCUAUUCAUCAUGCUGGGUUGAACAGGGCUGACCGUCAACUGGUUGAGGAUCUCUUUGCUGAUGGGCAUGUACAGGUUCUGGUUUCUACUGCGACACUGGCUUGGGGUGUGAAUCUUCCUGCUCACACUGUCAUAAUCAAAGGAACUCAGGUUUAUGAUCCAGAGAAGGGAGCAUGGACUGAACUCAGUCCACUUGAUGUUAUGCAGAUGUUGGGUCGUGCAGGAAGACCUCAGUAUGAUUCGUGUGGAGAAGGGAUAAUCAUCACUGGACACAAUGAACUACAAUACUACCUUUCUUUGAUGAACCAACAACUUCCUAUUGAAAGUCAGUUUGUGUCCAAAUUGGCAGAUCAAUUGAAUGCUGAGAUCGUUCUUGGUACAGUCCAAAAUGCCAGAGAAGCCUGUCAUUGGUUAGGAUACACUUAUUUGUUUGUUCGCAUGUUACGUAAUCCAACGCUGUACCGUUUGGAAGCUGAUGUUCUCACAAGAGAUGUUUUAUUGGACGAGAGGCGAGCUGAUCUGAUCCAUUCUGCUGCAACCAUCUUGGACAAGAACAAUUUGAUCAAGUAUGAUAGGAAAAGCGGAUAUUUCCAAGUUACAGACCUGGGUCGAAUUGCGAGCUAUUACUACAUAACUCAUGGAACAAUAUCUACAUAUAAUGAGCAUUUGAAGCCAACAAUGGGGGACAUUGAGCUAUGUAGAUUGUUCUCUCUCAGUGAAGAAUUUAAGUAUGUCACUGUUCGGCAGGAUGAAAAGAUGGAACUAGCAAAGUUAUUAGAUCGUGUUCCAAUUCCAGUGAAGGAAAGCCUUGAAGAGCCCAGUGCAAAGAUUAAUGUUCUGUUGCAAGCAUAUAUUUCACAGCUGAAGCUUGAAGGGCUUUCAUUGACAUCUGACAUGGUUUACAUUACUCAGAGUGCUGGGCGUCUUCUACGAGCUCUUUUUGAGAUCGUCUUGAAACGGGGAUGGGCUUUACUCGCAGAGAAGGCUUUGAACUUGUGUAAAAUGGUUAACAAGAGGAUGUGGAGUGUCCAGACGCCACUUCGCCAAUUCCAUGGAAUAACAAAUGAUAUUUUAAUCAAGUUGGAGAAGAAGGAUUUGGCAUGGGAUAGGUAUUAUGACCUUUCCUCACAGGAACUUGGGGAGCUUAUACGGAUGCCGAAGAUGGGAAGAACACUCCACAAGUUCAUCCACCAGUUCCCCAAAUUAAACCUCGCAGCACAUGUGCAGCCAAUUACUCGCACUGUAUUAAGGGUUGAACUUACUAUAACACCAGACUUUCAAUGGGAGGACAAGGUUCAUGGAUAUGUAGAGCCAUUUUGGGUAAUAGUGGAGGAUAAUGAUGGAGAGUAUAUUCUUCAUCAUGAAUAUUUUCUGCUGAAGAAGCAGUAUAUCGAUGAGGAUCAUACUUUGAACUUCACAGUGCAAAUUUACGAACCCCUUCCACCUCAAUACUUCAUCCGUGUCGUGUCGGAUAGGUGGCUUGGGUCACAAACUGUUUUACCUGUUUCUUUCAGACACCUUAUCUUACCUGAAAAGUAUCCUCCUCCGACGGAGUUGUUGGACUUGCAACCGCUUCCUGUAACAGCAUUGAGGAAUUCUAUGUAUGAAGCUCUCUAUGAUUUUAAGCACUUUAACCCUGUCCAGACGCAGGUCUUCACGGUUCUGUAUAAUUCAGAUGACAAUGUCUUAGUUGCUGCACCAACAGGGAGUGGCAAGACCAUAUGUGCAGAGUUUGCUGUAUUGAGGAAUCAUCAAAAGGCCUCUGAGACUGGCAUGCGUGUUGUGUACAUUGCACCUAUCGAAGGUCUUGCCAAAGAACGGCUCAAGGGCUGGCAGAAGAAGUUUGGACCAAAGGGUCUCAAUCUACGUGUUGUUGAAUUGACAGGGGAAACAGCCACAGACUUAAAGCUGCUUGAGAAAGGUCAGAUUAUCAUCAGCACUCCAGAGAAGUGGGAUGCUUUGUCUCGGCGGUGGAAACAGAGGAAACAUGUUCAACAGGUUAGCCUUUUUAUUGUAGAUGAAGUCCACUUAAUUGGUGGUCAGGGUGGUCCCAUUUUGGAGGUGAUAGUCUCUAGGAUGAGAUAUAUAGCAAGUCAAGGUGAGAACAAGAUUCGUAUUGUGGCUCUGUCCACUUCUCUUGCAAAUGCCAAGGAUCUUGGAGAAUGGAUUGGUGCUACCUCUCACGGCCUUUUCAAUUUUCCACCUGGUGUGCGCCCAGUGCCACUGGAAAUACACAUUCAAGGGGUGGAUUUAGCAAAUUUUGAGGCAAGGAUGCAAGCAAUGGCAAAACCAACAUACACUGCCAUUGUUCAACAUGCCAAGAACGGGAAACCUGCUCUUGUGUAUGUUCCUACAAGGAAACAUGCCCGCCUAACAGCUUUGGAUCUGAUGACUUACUCGACUGUAGAUGGUGCCGAGAGUCCGCCAUUUUUAUUGCGGUCCGCAGAGGAGAUUGAGCCUUUUGUUGAGAAAAUUAGUGAUGAAAUUUUGGCAAGCACACUGCGCCAUGGAGUGGGCUACUUGCAUGAGGGCUUAACGACUGAUGAUCAAGACAUUGUGUCAACUCUUUUUGAAGCGGAGUACAUUCAAGUGUGUGUCAUGAGUGGUACGAUGUGUUGGGGAGUGCCGUUGUCUGCCCAUUUGGUGGUUGUGAUGGGAACCCAAUAUUAUGAUGGCCGGGAAAACAUUCAUUCUGAUUACCCUGUUACUGAUCUACUGCAGAUGAUGGGUCAUGCCAGUCGCCCUAAGCUUGAUAAUUCUGGGAAAUGUGUCAUCUUCUGCCAUGCUCCCCGUAAAGAAUACUACAUGAAGUUCUUAUAUGAAGCAUUCCCUGUUGAAAGCCAUCUACACCAUUACUUACAUGAUAACCUAAAUGCAGAAGUUGUUGCUGGAAUUAUUGAGAACAAGCAAGAUGCUGUUGAUUACCUUACCUGGACCUUCUUGUACAGGAGGCUCACACAAAAUCCCAACUAUUAUAAUCUCCAGGGAGUUACUCAGAGGCAUCUUUCUGAUUACCUCUCAGAGCUUGUUGAAAAUACGCUGAGUGACUUGGAGACGAGCAAGUGUGUUGCUAUAGAGGAUGAGACUGAUCUCUCCGCUUUGAAUCUUGGCAUGAUAGCUUCGUAUUAUUACAUCAGUUAUACUACGAUCGAGCGUUUCAGUUCUUCCUUAACUUCCAAGACAAAGAUGAAGGGUCUUCUUGAGAUUCUAACUCAUGCUUCUGAGUAUUCUCAACUUCCUAUACGACCUGGGGAGGAAGAGGUUAUUCGCAGAUUGAUCAACCACCAGAGGUUCUCCUUUGAGAAUCCCAAAUGCACAGAUCCUCAUGUUAAAGCAAAUGCGCUGCUUCAGGCCCAUUUUGCGAGGCAUCAUGUGGCUGGGAACCUAGCAUUGGACCAGCGAGAGGUCCUCCUUUCUGCAAGCAGGUUGCUUCAGGCAAUGGUUGAUGUCAUUUCCAGCAAUGGUUGGCUAAACCUUGCUCUCCUAGCUAUGGAAGUCAGCCAAAUGGUUACUCAGGGAAUGUGGGAUCGUGACUCGAUGCUUCUACAGCUUCCUCACUUCACAAAGGAGCUCGCAAAGAGAUGCCAAGAAAAUCCUGAAAAGAGUAUAGAGAGGGUAUCUGAUCUGGUGGAUAUGGAGAGUGAUGAGAGGCGUGAACUGCUUCAGGAGCUGCUUCAGUUGUCAGAGGCAGAGAUUGAAGAUAUUGAACAAUACUGCAAAAGGUUUCCCAACAUUGAGAUGACAUUUAAGGUGUUGGACAGUGAGAAUGUAAUGGCUGGGGAAGAAAUCACUUUGCAAGUUGAUAUGGACCGUGAACGGGUUGGCCCGGUUGAUGCUCCAAGGUAUCCCAAGACCAAGGAAGAGGGAUGGUGGCUGGUAGUUGGGGAUACCAAGACUAACUCGCUGCUUGCCAUCAAGAGAGUUCCCCCGCAAAAGAAGGCCAAAGUCAAGCUUGGAUUUGUGGCUCCUGCAGAAGCUGGAAAGAAGAUGUAUACUCUUUACUUCAUGUGUGACUCGUACUUGGGAUGUGAUGAGGAACACAGUUUUACUGUUGAUGUCCAACCAGCAGAGUAGAGCCAGUAAGACAAUGGGAGAGAAUGAAAAAGCUUUUACUGUUUUGAAUUCUUUCCAUCUGAUCUCUUGAUUCCUAUAAUGUUUCUACAGUUAUGUCUGUUUUGACGUUCCCUGAUUUUGUAAGACUACUGUGCUGAUGCUAAAUUGCUUGUUUCAAAGCAGUUGUAAUAUUCCAGCUCAAAUCUUUGUUUCUUGUUUUUGGAUGCCUGCUUAUCUAUAUAGUAUCUGCUCUUGUUAGACUCUAUACUACGGGCAUCUUCUCUGUGG